AUGGGCAAAUCAAUCCUCCUCAUCAACGGCCCCAACCUCAACCUCCUGGGCACCCGCGAGCCCCACAUCUAUGGCCACACUACACUAUCAGACGUGGAGAACAACAGCCGCGACGUCGCCGCCAGCCAUGGCGCAACACUAGAAUCCUUCCAGUCCAACCAUGAAGGUGCCAUCGUGGAUCGCAUCCAAGCUGCGCGCGGCAAGGUCGACGGUAUCAUUAUCAACCCGGGCGCAUACACCCACACAUCCGUUGCGAUCCGGGAUGCGCUGCUCGGCGUGGCGAUUCCUUUUAUCGAGCUGCAUGUGAGCAAUGUCCAUGCUCGGGAGCCCUGGAGACAUCAUUCGUACUUUAGUGAUAAGGCUGCGGGAAUCAUUGUCGGCCUGGGUGUCUAUGGAUACAAGGUUGCUGUGGAACAUGUCUGUGAGAACUUUGAGGAGAAAGAAAAGGCCAAGGCUGCGCUUUAG